UUCGUGACUUGCUCCUUCGAUAUGACGCGGACCUGUGACCUUGGCGAUGCUGUGCUGCGUAACAUGGAGCUUCUUGGCGGCAUCUUCGAGUUCCAAGACGGCCUGUACGAAGAUGCGCUAGGCUUCCAGCACCUGCAUACUGCUUCGGACGAGUACAAGACCCUCACGCGAUACCAUCUCAUCCGCGAAUCGCACACGCAUUACGACACGUCGUUGGUCCCAAUCUUCGAGCACUUGGACGAAGUGUUGUCUCCCUGGUAUGCAGUGCAUGGGUCGUCGCGGGUGCUUCGACUCGUGCAGUCCAUGGAGUACAUGCGGCUGAUGGUGCUGGUCCACGCAGCGUACUUUGGGUUGACGGACGUCAUGUCGUUGUUGUUGCACCACCCCCCAUCCCACCAGUCCAAAGGGUCAACUUCGUCUUCAUGCCAGGGCUUCCCGCAUCUCAUCGACCUCGCCGCCUUGAACGGCCAGCUGAGCAUGCUAGAGCUUCUCCACUCGAACCCGACCAACAGCACCGCGACGACGGACGCCAUGGACCUAGCCGCGCGCAAAGGCCAUGUGAGUGUUGUUCGAUUCCUCCAUUUCCAUCGAUCCGAAGGUUGUUCACACUUUGCCAUGCUGCACGCAGCCACGAAUGGACAUUUGAAUGUUGUGCAAUUUCUCUAUCAGUUCCGCCACCAUGACGGCGUCCCCGCCGCUGCAUUUGUGUCGGCGGCCGCCAAUGGCCAUCUGGAAGUCGUGCGCUUCUUUCACACAAACGAUGUCCAUGGAUGUACGACCCGCGCCAUGGACCUGGCCGCCCGAGGUGGCCAUCUGGAGGUCGUCCAGUUCUUGCACCACCAUCGACGUGAAGGAUGUACGACCACCGCCAUGGACCUGGCAGCGAAAAAUGGUCAUUUGGAAGUGGUACAAUUUCUUCAUCGACAUCGACAAGAAGGGUGUACGACCUUGGCCAUGGACGGCGCCGUGUCCAAUGGCCAUUUAGACGUGGUGCGUUUUUUGCAUCACCGGCGCGUGGAAGGUUGCACUAAGUACGCAAUGGACAACGCCGCUGAACACGGACACUUUAACGUGCUGCGUUUUUUGCACGACCACCGAAACGAAGGCUGUACGACGUCGGCGAUGGACCGCGCCGCGUCGUACGGACGCCUCGAGAUCGUACAAUUCCUCCACGACCAUCGCGCCGAGGGGUGCACCCCCCGCGCGUUGGAAAUCGCUGCGCGCAAUGGACAUUUGGAAGUGGUGACGUUUCUGGCCACCCGACGACACGAAGGGGACAUUCAAUCGGCGAUCCGACAUGCCAAGCAAAACCAUCACGGGGGUAUUGUCGCGUUCUUAGAAGCGUUGAAUUAGACUUUUAUUAUAUACACCCGAUCAAGUUAAAUAGGAAUAUACUAGUGCAG